AUGAGGUCCGUCGAGGGAAGCCAAAGUCCCGAGAGUAGCCAUGAACUUGUAAGUUAAUUUUCCAAGUACUUUAAGGGCUGAAAAACAAAAGAUUUCCAAAGAAUUUGGCAAAAAUAUAUUUAAAGUCAUAAAAAUUCGAUUUUACCCCAAAAAAUUGCAAAAUUUGCAUGUUCUGCCCAAUUCCAGGACUUGGAUCACAAGCCGACCACUUCAAAUGAGAAAUUGGAGAUGAUCCUCCAAGAUGCCCUUAGGGGAAUCAGCGAAGAGGCCUUCGAAAAGGAGCGAAUCAAGUUGGGAAAGCUGGACGAGAAGGUUGAAUGGAUGGAAUGUCCGCAGAUCGUCAAACUGCUGUGUUUUUUCAAUACUGUCAAGCCAAAACGAGUCACCAUCACCGAGGAUGUAAGUCGUAUUCGUUGGAGAUGAGCUUGAGUACCGAAAGCGGUAUUUAGCUAGUUUUUUAUAUUACACUUGAGAUCUUGGUCGAGGACUGAUUUGUUUGCUUUUUUAAUGUCUAAAACAAGUGGUUUUAGUCUUGAAACGGCUAAAAUCAAGCUGAACAGAGCAUGAAAUUGUAAACUCGCUGUAGCUAGCGGUAGAAAUUGUCAUCAAAAAAGGCAAAAAAUCAAAAUUUUGGGGAAAAUUAAGAGCAAAACAAAAAAUCAAUAAUUUUUUUGACAUUUCGUAAAAAUAUAAAUAGCUGUGGUAGUGAGAUCUUGUUGUUACCACCUCAAGGUGGUAGCGAGAUCUUUCUUCUAGUCCUACGUUCAAUCUUGCAGGUCCCAUUCUUCUUCCCCACCCAUCACAAACAAGGGAUGCGUUGCAUGUACAAGCGCCGCGUCUUCUACGAGACCCAAUCCCGAACCGCCGGCGUGAAUCGUUGGCGCUGCAAUCAGCGCGGUUGCCGCGGCACCAUCUACAUUGACAAGGCCAAGGACUGGAGUGUGAUCGACUCCGGCAAACACUGGAAUCGCCCAUGCGACUGCGAACCCCAAGAACAGGACAAACUGGUCGCCAUUGCCUUCAAGUCGAUCGGUUACAAGUUGGCAAGGCUGAUGCCCACCGAAUCGACCAAGGCGCUGAAGGCGUGUGUGCUCGCGUUGGCGGACGAAGAUCAGUUGGGGAGACUGGACAACUUUGAUCGAGUAAUCCGCAAGAACAAGCGCGCCGGCCUAAAGAAACAGCAGGCUUUGGGAGAAGCGUUGGCGGAGCAGAUCGUGGAGGAGGAAGAGCCUCUUGAAGAGUAG